UGCUUGAACACUAUAGACACAUGCUUAGACCAAAGUAACAAAACUUGAAGCUUUUGUUACUAUACCUUAAACACAGUGUAACCAUACCUUAAACAAAAGCGCUGCUUUGCACUUUAGUUGCAAUUCUGUAACACACUUGCUCCUUUCUGCAACACACUUGCUCCUAGACACUACACACUAUUUCAUACAUAAGACACUUAGUUCAAAAAUGAAAUCUCAGGGUACCAUUGGGAAAACACAUCUAUUCAAAAUACAACACACAUUGGUUAAUUGAAAAGACGUUGACACACACCUGAAAACACUUACUUACAAAACUGAACACCAAUCAGCCAGCUACAAAAAGGUCUCAGUUAAGCCAUUUUGAGAACUUGAGGCAGGGAGAGCUAGAGGCAGAGGAAGAGGAAGACAGAGAGAGAGAGGAGGACGUGGUCGAAGAGGCCACGCAAGGACCAUUAUUUCGGAUGACAUAAGAGCAACUUUGGUGGACCAUGUCAUAAACCAUGGCCUGACUAUGAGGGAAGCUGGGCAGAGAGUCCAUCCUAAUCUAAGCCGUUUCACAGUUUCAUCCAUAAUAAGGACAUUCCGACUGGAAAACAGAAUGGCUAGAAGACCUACUGGGGGUGGACGCCAACGCCUGUUCACCCAACAGCAGGAACUUGCCAUAGUGAACCUAGUCAGAGCAAACAAUGCAAUCCGUCUCCACCAGCUACAGCAACAAAUACUUGCAGAUAGGCAAGUAUUCAACAACAUAAAUCGAGUAAGCAUUACAACUAUCAGACGCAUCUUGGUAAAGCACAACAUGACCAUGAAGCAAUUGUACAGGGUCCCAUUUGAGAGGAACAGUGUCAGGGUCAAAGAACUUCGACAUGAAUAUGUACAGAGAAUCUUGGACAUGGAUGGAGCUGCCCAGCCGCAUGAAUGUAUUUACAUUGACGAGGCUGGAUUCAACCUUAGCAAAAACAGACGACGGGGACGUAAUAUAAUUGGCCAAAGGGCAAUUUUGCACGUCCCGGGGCAGCGCGGGGGAAAUAUCACAUUGUGUGCUGCCAUAAGUCUUCGAGGCCUACUGCACCAUCAUGCCAAACUGGGUCCCUAUAAUGCGCAACACAUCAUCACAUUUCUAGAUGCACUUCAUGAUGCAGUUGGACAGGAUGGACCAGAGCAGCCCAGGUUUGUUGUUGUCUGGGAUAAUGUUAGUUUCCAUCGGGCUGCUCUGGUCCAGAACUGGUUCACCAACCAUGAUCACUUUGAAGUUCUGUACUUGCCCCCUUACUCGCCAUUUCUAAAUCCUAUAGAGGAAUUUUUUCCGCUUGGAGAUGGCGCGUAUAUGACCGCCAACCACAUGCCCGUAUGCCUCUUCUGCAGGCAAUGGAACAGGCCUGCGGAGACAUUGAGGUGAGGUCUAUCCAGGGAUGGAUUCGACACACAAGGGGAUAUUUUCCCCGAUGCUUAGCGAGAGAAGACAUUGCUUGUGAUGUUGAUGAGAUCCUGUGGCCAGACCCCAACAGACGGCAGGAUCCAUAAGCCCACUUGC